UCGGUAUACACCCUUUUCCGCGCUCUUGAAAGCGACUUGUAUGGUGGCAGAUGCUAGGCAGCGAGUCAGGGGUACAGCGGUGAGCUCGACAGGGGAACCUGAAUGCCGCUGAACAUCGCUGGCCACGGGCCGGGUCCUGGCUCCGAAGAUGGGCGGGGGCUGUAGUACCACUUUGGUUCCCUUGAUACUUUGUAUCUUUUUGCUGUCUGCCUGGUGUCAGCCAGAGGACUUUGUGCGGGUUCGGGACAGUUUUGAAUUAGCAGCCGCACUUCGAAACGCUUCGCUGUACUCUCAGAACCAGACAACCUCCACCACUGUGCUGUUGCAGCUCCACGACUGGGGGGCAACAAAUGUCACACAGUCUUCAGAUUAUUUUACACUGGACAGGAAGGAUUGGGCUGUGCUUGGGCCAGUGUACAUAUGGCCUGGCCAGCGUGUGCGCCUCACAGCGCCAGGUCCGCAGCUCACCCUGGACUUUGCUGGAAUGACAGCCGUCAUUGCACAGAAGCAGGGCUCCUUCCUGGAAAUCGACGGCAUGAUCAUGCGUGGCUUUGCCAGCAGGCACAUCCUCAACAGGGAUGUGCCUCUGAACUACAUUAUACCCAACUUUGGAGCAUGGCCCAGCAUCGUUGCUGAACCGGGAGCGCAGAUGAAGUUUACAAACGUGACCACCUUCUUCCUGGACGAUGACUGCAGCACCUGGGCCCGCGACCCACGGGCGUCCCCCAUAAACCUUUACCUGGACAACGGGGGGACCCUGCAGAGCAAUGUCAUUGCCGUACUUGACGGCGGGGUGCACGGGAUCGAUCUGCCAGUCAACAACGCCCAGGGCGCCCAGGUUGGGAGCGUGUCGCUGCAGUACAUGGACUGCAGGGCCAUCUGCGUGCAGGACCCCAGCAGCAGGGCCUUUGAGAUGCUGCCGAGCCCGACAAGGGCGGCGCCGAGGCCGGCCACUGCGACCGCAAGCGCUGCGGCCUCAGGAGGGAACUCUGGGAGACGGCGGCUGUGGUGGGUGUGGCUGGUGGUGGGACUGGGGGCCUUGGCCCUGGGGUUGCUGGUGGGUCUGGGGGUCUUGAUGCUGGUGCUGCGCCGGAGGAGGCGGCAGAAGGAGGAGGAAGAGAAGAAUGCGCCCUUGGAAUUGGCGGCCAUGCAGGGUGCCAAGAUUGCUUCGUUGGAGUCGAGGAGUAGUUUGGAUGGGAAGGUGAUGGAUGGGGUGUCGUUGCCGGAGCAUUGGCGGAAGCGGUGGCUGGGGCCGCUGCAGGGGGAGCAGGUGGAGAUCGGCCCUCUGCUGGGGCGCGGCGGCUAUGGCAAGGUCUACAAAGGGCGAUGGAAGAGUGCAAUGGUGGCGGUGAAGAUUGUGGAGCACUCACACUUCCCAAAGGACCACCCGGACAGGUCGCCCCAGUCAGAUCCCACCAGCAGCGAUGCAAAGAUCGCGCGUGAGAUGCUGCUGAGCACAUCCAUCUCCCACCCCAACAUCAUAGCCACCUACAAAAUCUGCACCAUCCGCGUCGGCAAUGUGCCUGACUCUGGCUCGCUGGAUUCCCAUGAGGGAAGUGCGGAGGAGUUGCGGCGGCGGCUCUCCACUGGUGUCAAGGUGGAGCCAAGCUCCGUGGCCAGCUCAUGCAACAGCGCACGGGAAGCGGGAUCGCUGCUGGAGACGUGGAUCCUGAUGGAGCUGGCGGACAGGGGCAGCCUGUCAGAUGCGCUGAGGGGCGGCCGCUUUCCGACGCAUGAUUUCACGGCCAUCUACAGAUGUCUGCUGGAUAUCGCCUCUGGUGUGGAGUACUUGCAUGACUCUGGCCUCAUACACGGCGAUCUGAAGUCUGCGAAUGUGCUGCUGAAGUCGACCGGCACGGAUGCCCGCGGCUUUGUGUGCAAGUUGGCGGACUUUGGGCUGUCGCGCGUGCUGGACCACGAGAAGCACACGCACAUAUCCACGCAGACAUACGGCACCGUGGCCUACAUGCCGCCAGAGCUGCUCAGCGACAGCCGCCUCACGCGCUCCGCCGACAUCUACUCCUUCGGCAUGCUCAUGUGGGAGCUCAUAUCUGGGGAGGUGCCCUUCGACCGCAUGACAGUGGGGCAGAUCUUCUUCGCAGUGGUGCAGGAGCAGCAGCGGCCGCCCAUCCCUGAGAAGGGCGUUCCUGCACCCUACUUGAAGCUCAUGCAGCGCUGCUGGAACACCGAUCCCAAGCAGCGACCGGAAGUUCCUGAGGUCCUCGCAGCCCUGAAGCAGCAGUACAAACACCACCGCGCCACCAAUAUCUCAAAAUCCCUCUCCUCGCCGCCCGAAUCUAAGCGGUGCUGA